GUGGUUAUCAUUGUUACUUCAUUAUCACAACAGUUAGUACAAUAGAUACAAAUAUUUUCACCUUGGCUAGUUUUUAUUCAAUGAAUGGGUACUAGGAAGUCUUACAUCCCUCGGAUUCGGAUAUUAGAUAAUUAACCGGGAUAGAGAUGGAUAGCUCGGUAAUCGGUAGUGUCAACGGUGGGCUCUUCCUAGAAGCCACAACCGUUACCGUCCAAGUGACACGGAUCAGGAUUACUGGGAGAGUUGAAUUCACUUUCUCCGCCGGUAGCGACAAGGUGGUAGGGGAUAACCCGCCUAAAGGAAAGAUGAAAGCUCCUUGACCCAAUUUGUCCCCAAGGCCGCGUAGCAUGCGGGGGAGCAGUGCUCAUUUGCAAGUUCUCAGGCCAAGGUAACUUGGGGGAAACGGUAGCGGGAGAGGGAAGUCUCCUCAUAGUUCUUUUAGGUGUUGGCGAUCUUGGGCGCGUGGUAGAAACACGGGGUUUGUUAGGGAGGUCUAGAGUGGUGGUGGUGAGAACUUGGGGGUAUCAUACGUCGUCGUGUUAUUGACCACCGAGAUCGCUAGUAUAGGUAUCGAUUCCACGGUGGUCGGCCCAGUUGUAUAUUUAAGCACAUCAUGUCUGCUCGGUGUUGGAGCCAAAAUGGAUGGCUUCAAGUACAUGUUUGUUAGAGAAACAACAAGCUUGACUCCGAGCCUGUCCGCGACUUCAACGACCUUGCCGAAAGCUUGAAGACCAGUAGGUCAGAAAGCUGUUAAAAUUUGCUUAAGCUAAUACUGGAAUUCCUUCUCGGAAGUACAUACUUAGCUGGGGGGCGCCGUUGGUCCACUUAUGGAGGAAACUUCCAACUCCCCGGCACCUUCUCCACCAUAUUUUGACAGUCCACUGGAAUCGAAAGCUGCAUUCCUGUCACAAAAUCCCGUGGGCUCCGAAAACCUCCAGCCCAGCGAUUUCAGCAGCCAUAAGCCCUUUCUCUACAUCCAGCGGGUUCUUGAUAAUCAUCGGCUUCUACGCACGCAAUCAAGAUACGAAUCUCUACCGUUGGUGAAAGGGAAAUAAUAAACACUGGACCCUGCAAAGUAUAGAUCAUCACCAUUGAGUUGAAAAUUCUAUCCAAUAGUGGUGACAAAGCAGCUCGGAAUCUUAAUAGGAGUAGCAGAAACACACUCUACCACUACAAAGGCGAGGACCCCCUAAGGUCUUAGAGAACUCGGCUUUCUCAAACAAAGCGAAUCA